GGGUGGGCGCUUCCCCCAACCCCAGAGCCCCCUCCCUUGGCUAGUGGGUGAAUUUGGAAGGGGGGGGUUGUUCCCCCUUCCUGCUGGCUCCCCACAGCUCCUGUCCUACCUGUAUUCUGCCCCCACCCUAAAGCAGCCUGGGCCUGGGGCACAUUGGCAGCCACCAUAGAGGCAAGAUCCUGGCUGCAGAAGAUCAGGGUCCCUCAUUGCCAUUGCUUUGGGGAUAAAGCUGUGGUUUGUGGGGUGGCUACCUUUCUCCGGGUGUGGCUCCCAAGAACAGACUGGCUGAAUCGGGUCUUCCAUGAAUUUGUCUGAGCCCCUUUUAAAGCCACCCAAGUGGGUGGCCGUCACCCCAUCCUGCGGCGGAGAGUCCCAUUGAUCCACCUCUGACACCUAGCCUCACAGCAACGUGUGAAACAUGGAAACAGAAGAGGAGAUUGAGAAGAUCAGCAUUGUUGCAGAGAGCCUCCAAGAGAGCGAGGCAGAGGAUCAGGGGGUGGGACUGCUUGGCUCCCAGAAGAGCCCCGUAAGCACCUGGAAACACAGAUGUGCAUCUUAUGUCCUGGCCCUCCGCCCCUGGAGUUUCAGCGCUUCCCUAACUCCGGUGGCCCUGGGAACUGCUCUCGCCUACCGUUCCCAGGGCACCCUGGACCCAGGACUUUUGGUCGGCAGUGCAGUUACCGUCUUGGCAGUACAUGGGGCUGGGAACCUUGUGAAUACCUACUAUGACUUCUCCAAGGGCAUCGAUCACAAGAAGAGUGACGACCGGACUCUGGUUGACCAGAUCUUGGAGCCCCAAGACGUUGUUAGAUUUGGCGUCCUCUUGUACACUCUGGGUUGUAUCUCAGCAGCCUGCUUGUAUUGCCUCUCCACUCUCAAGCUGGAGCAUCUGGCCCUGAUCUACUUUGGAGGACUCUCUAGCUCUUUUCUCUACACAGGAGGCAUCGGCUUCAAGUACGUGGCCCUGGGCGACGUGGUGAUCCUCAUCACCUUCGGGCCGCUGGCCGUGAUGUUCGCCUACGCCGUGCAGGUGGGCUACCUGUCCGUCUCGCCCUUGCUGUACGCCGUCCCGCUGGCCCUCAGCACGGAAGCUAUCCUACACAGCAACAACACGCGGGACAUGGAGUCCGACCGGCAGGCGGGCAUCGUCACCUUGGCCAUCCUGAUCGGCCCCACCCUCUCCUACAUCCUCUACAACACCCUGCUCUUCCUCCCCUACCUGAUCUUCUGCGUCCUGGCCACCCAGUACACCAUCAGCAUGGCGCUGCCUCUGCUCACCAUCCCCAUGGCCUUCUCGCUGGAGCGGCAGUUCCGGAGCCAGAGCUUCCUCAAGAUCCCUCAAAGGACAGCCAAACUCAACCUUCUCUUGGGACUCUUCUAUGUCUUUGGGAUCCUCUUGGCACCCCCGGGGGUGCUCCCCAAACUUUAGGGCACUGCCGGUCUGAAGCAGAAGGCUCAUCGCAAACCCGAAGGGGCAGCCCUGGUUGCCACCUCGGAUCCGAGAGAGAUUUGUGGGUUCCGGCCCCCCUAGAAGAGCUGCAGACUCCUUAAGAGCGGUUAUGGGUUGGUCCCCAACGCUCUGGCUCUGCCUGGAAUUAGCUCUAUCCUGUAUGUGGGCACCUGUAUAAAACUCCGGGAAAAGUUUUUUCUCUUUAAAAAAAAGAGGGGGG